GCUCCGGCAGCCCGAAGGAGCCCAGGACAGAUUGGCGCAGGUGGCGUACAAUGGGCGGUGCGCACAAGGCACGGGGCCAAUGAGCGCGGCGGGGGCGUGGCGGGCGUGGCGCCGGGCGCCUGCGAGGAGCGGCCGGUGGUGGUGGUGGUGGUGGCGGCGGCGGCCGGCAGCGUAGUGGCCGGUGGUGGUGGCGGCGGCCGGUGGCGGGCGGCCAUGGCGGAGGCCGGCGGCGACGACGCCCGCUGCGUGCGGCUAAGCGCUGAGCGGGCCCAGGCGCUGCUGGCCGAGGUGGACACGCUGCUGUUUGACUGCGAUGGGGUGCUGUGGCGCGGCGAAACAGCCAUACCUGGCGCGCCCGAGGCCUUGACGGCGCUGCGGACUCGCGGCAAGCGCCUCGGCUUCAUCACCAACAACAGCAGCAAGACCCGCGAGGCCUACGCCGAGAAGCUGCAGCGCCUGGGUUUUGGCGGCCCGGCAGGGUCAGGCGCCGGCCUCGAGGUCUUUGGCACGGCCUACUGCACCGCGCUAUACCUGCGCCAGCGCCUGGCUGGCGCGCGGGCCCCUAAGGCCUACGUGCUGGGCGGCGCGGCCUUGGCAGCGGAGCUGGAGGCCGUGGGCGUCGCUUGCGUGGGCGUGGGGCCUGAGCCCUUGCAGGGCGACAGCCCCAGCGCCUGGCUGGAAGCCCCGCUGGAGCCCGAUGUGCGCGCGGUUGUGGUGGGGUUCGACCCGCACUUCAGCUACAUGAAGCUCACCAAGGCCGUGCGUUACCUGCAGCAGCCCGGCUGCCUGCUCGUGGGCACCAACAUGGACAACCGGCUCCCGCUCGAGAACGGCCGCUUCAUCGCGGGUACGGGCUGUCUGGUACGAGCAGUGGAGAUGGCCUCCCAGCGCCAGGCUGACAUCAUAGGGAAGCCCAGCCGCUUCAUCUUCGACUGCGUGUCCCAGGAGUAUGGCAUCAAUCCGGAGCGCACCGUCAUGGUGGGAGACCGCCUGGACACAGACAUCCUCCUGGGUGUCACCUGUGGCCUGAAGACCAUCCUCACCCUCACCGGAGUUUCCACUCUAGGGGAUGUGAAGAGUAAUCAGGAAAGUGACUGCAUGUCUAAGAAAAAAAUGGUCCCUGACUUCUAUGUUGACAGCAUAGCCGACCUUUUGCCAGCCCUUCAAGGUUAAAGAUUUAGUGUCUUUAAUCUGCCGAAUAAAAAAAAUUUUUAAUUACUUAACCAAAUUAAUAGGUGGGGCUCAAGCAUCUGCUCAGCUAGGUGGCUUUAAAGAGUACGCUUGGAGUUUUAAGCAAAGGCACUAGUUGUUAACCUUGUAAGUAAAUGUUUGGGGGUGAUUUUAUUACAGAUGUUUAUGUCUUAAGAUGCACUUUUAAGCUUGGAGGGCAUUGUGGGGGUCCUGGGCCUUGGUUGCUGUUGGCAAGAGCAGGCUCCGUGUCUGUCUGACCAAGAUUCAGAUAACCUCAGGGCUUGCUGAUGGGACUGAGGCAUGUCUAGGGGUGUCACAUGUUUUACUGAAAAUUUCAUUCAGGGAUCAAGCCCCCUUGCAAGGCAAAGGGGAGGAGGGGCUGAUUAUUUUGACUGUUGUGAGAAACUUGUAGAAACCGACUCCAGGGCCCCAUCGGUGUGGUAGUCAGCAGAGGAACCUGCUGCUGCAUCCCACCCAGCUCACCUGCAGCGUGGGAGUGGAGGAGGAGACUGCUCCCUGGUGGUGUCUCCCUGUCCUUGGUGUGUGGGGUAUUGCCCUCACCACCACCACCCCACACUUCCUUAAAAACCACUAUGUCACAAUUGUCUGUUCCGUUUCAAAAGCCCAGGGCUGCUGCUCCUCGUACGUGGUUGCACAGUUCUGCAAACUCAGUCCAACUAAACCUUGGCUUUCUCAGAUGUGCAUUUACACCCAGGUGACUUGGACUGAGCAUAAGGCUGGCUGAGAAUGGCCAGGAGGGCAUGGAUGCCUUCGCUGAACUUUGGGUUCCCGUGCAGGAAGCUCAGAGCAGAGUUGGUACCAAAAGAAUUUUUUAAAUCUUAGGAACAACUUUGCCAAUAGUUGGAAUUGAAUCUUAAGUGUGUUGAUUAAUAGCUGUGCUCUGUCUCGUAGGGAAAACCCCACUGAAGAAGUCUGUGCUCCGCAGCCAGUAGCAUGGCUAAAGUCAUGUUGGCCAAGGAACGCCUGUCACCCAGGGUGCCCUCUGGGUGGGGGAAGAAAGGGGUGUUCCCAAGACAGGAAGUCUUUUUACAGAGCAUCCAAUCUCUUCCUGUCCUCCCAUACCCUUGAUUGGGGUGGGGGUUAGAUGCCAAUGGUCCAUGAGGACAACUAUAUUAGCCCUGGAGUCCCUUGUUGGUGGCCAGCUAGAGGACUGGCAGGGUCCACCAGCUAGCCAUGGGUUCUUGGCAGGGGGCCCUGGCCAUUUAUGCCUGUUCCCUAAGUUGCUGACCUUUGUAAACACGCCUGAUAAGCAGACUCUCCCGCUUAUUGUGGGGUAGAGCCUGGGAAGCUGUUCUUUUGGGCCAACUCCUUCCCAGUGCCUCGCCCUGCACCCAGUGGUGUCUGCCCACAGCCUGUGGCUUCUCUCCUAGUCCCAAGGUCACAGCAUUCCUUCAACUCAUUCUCUAAGAGUUCUCAGAGCAAUAAAGGGUAUCCUGAGCCUUUAGCUCCUCCCAGGCCCGGGGUAGUCUGGGGUUCAGACACUGCCGUGAGGCAACAACAAAACAGCCAGCACCUGUAAGGUUGGUGGUGCUGAUGUUGGCUCUGCGAGGUCGGCUCAAGGUGGGUCCGGAUAUUGAGCAGGCCUAUCAGGGCGUUGUCACCCACACCAUGAGCACGCUGCAGGUGCGGCAUCCAGCAAGACUCCCUCUUCUGCACCCCAUCUCUGCCCCUAUUGCACUGUGUGAACCCAAAUGAAUAUUAAACUCUCAAACCCA